CACCAAUUAGACGUAGGCACCCGACCCACGAACUGGAUUCCUCACAAAAGAAGGGCACGAAAGCCGCGAUAUUACUGCCAAUAGGACUGAAACCAAUAGAUCGAAGAACUUGCUCUGCCAGCAGGAGAUCUCUGAAAAUGCGCCUCCAGCGUGGGUGCCACCGCCGUGUCCUGUAAUCUGCUGUGAGAGAAUUUCUGGCGGAGAAGAGCGGAUCGGAGCGGAAGAAAGCGGAAACCCAAGUGAAAACAGAAUCGGGGCGGCGGCGUCGACGUCAACGAAUCAACGAUAUCAACCCGGAUAUUAGGUACUCCGGUGAACAGCACAUUUCAAGGAGCAUUCCCAAGGAGUGCACCAGAGGCAAAGAUGUGCAGCUUGGACGUAAGACGCUUCUUCGAGGAGUGGCGCAUCUGGAUACGCCCGCUGCUCAUUAUCACCUAUGUCAUCUUCGCCAUCAUCGUGGUCCCGCUGCUCAUUGUGAACUCCGUGAAGGAUGGCUUCCAGCGCAAUGACCAGCUCAUUCUCAUCGGCGGUCUGUUUGUGUUGUCCGCAGUGCCCGUGUCCAUUUGGCAUAUCAUCCAACACGUCAUUCAUUUUACCAAGCCCAUACUGCAGAAGCACAUAAUCCGCAUAUUGUGGAUGGUGCCUAUCUACGCCUUGAACGCGUGGAUCGGCCUUUUCUUUCCGAAGCACUCCAUCUACGUGGACUCACUGCGCGAGUGCUACGAGGCGUACGUUAUCUACAACUUCAUGGUGUACCUGCUCAACUACUUGAAUCUCGGUAUGGACCUAGAGGCCACAAUGGAGUACAAGCCGCAGGUGCCUCACUUCUUUCCGCUCUGCUGCAUGCGGCCGUGGGUGAUGGGUCGUGAAUUCAUCCACAACUGCAAGCACGGCAUCCUCCAGUACACGGUCGUGCGCCCCAUUACCACCUUUAUCUCUGUCAUCUGCGAGCUAUGCGGCGUUUACGGCGAGGGCGAGUUUGCGGGCAACGUGGCCUUCCCCUAUAUUGUGGUGGUCAACAAUAUAUCCCAGUUCGUGGCCAUGUAUUGCCUGGUGCUAUUUUACCGUGCAAACAAGGAGGAUCUCAAACCAAUGAAGCCUAUUCCCAAAUUCCUGUGCAUCAAGGCUGUGGUGUUUUUCUCGUUUUUCCAAGGAGUGCUACUCAACGUACUGGUAUACUAUAAUAUUAUUAAGGACAUCUUUGGGUCGGAUGUGGGAGACACCAAUCUGGCUUCCCUGCUUCAGAAUUUCCUCAUCUGCAUCGAAAUGUUUAUCGCGGCCGUGGCUCACAUCUACAGCUUCCCGCACCAUCCGUUUCACAUCAACUCGCCGCAGUACUGGAACAACCCGAACCAUAGCUGGUGUCGCGCCUUCCUCUCCAUGAUGGACAUAUCCGACAUGCAGGAGGAUGUCACCGAGCAUCUGGGCGUCGUGGGCAGUUCACUGAGUCGUCGCUUCCAGGGACGCAGCACAUACCAGCCGCUGGCGCGCAGUCCUCGCCGCUCCAGCAGUGAGUCCGAGUAUCUGAUCAGCAAGCGGCAAGAUCAGCAGCUGCCGGGCAACUCGUCACAAUCAGCAGGCGUGGCCGACGAUGGGAACAGUAGCAAUAGCAACUACCAACAACAACAACUACACUUGCCGGGAGCGGCAGGCUCUCAGCCGUCGACCCGUCAACGCGACACACUGCAUCUUCGCGAGCGCGAAAGGGAUCCGGGUGCGGGUGCUGGCGGCGGUGGCAGUUUCCUGCGCCUGCCCCCUGGUGCCGCGUCGGCAGCGGCGCCAAUUCCCGAGUCCAACGAUGAUUAUGCCCUGCUGUUGGGUGCGGGCGCAGGCAGGUGACACCGCUACCAACAAUAUCACUACCAGCAACAUCAGCACCCGCACAUUGACGACGCUUUCGAGGACGAAGAUGGCGUGGACGUGAGCCAGCAGUUGAAUGCCUCGUCACUCAGCGCCUCGCUAUCCGUAUCGUUUGGCAUGUCAAGCAGCCUCAAGUUUAGUGCCACUGGCAGCAAUCAGUCGGCGUCCGAGUGGUCGAACUCAACGGGCGGGGAUAAUGACGCUGACGACGGUGACUUGGACGUGGACGGAGAGGAUGGAGACGCUGAAGAUGACGGUGCUGGUGUGCAACCCGUGGUCUUUAUUGCCUCCACGACGCGGCGACGCCGCGAUCGAGAGUACAUCACCUAGACGCGCUGACCUUAAAGCCCCUUAUCAGUUAUAUGCUAUGCUUAUAUUUAUUGUUUUUCCCCAUCCCAUAUCUUGAUUUGUGCUAGGCUUAGAAUACUCAUGAAACGAACACUUUCUAGCGGCCCAUCAAAUGGGGCAUUUGAAUUGUGGCCUUAGUUUUCAUAGCGAAAGCAACUUAUUUUAGAUCGCCAUUCACUGUAAUCGCUGCUCCUGAUAGCGCGCACAAGUGAAUCCACACAUCCCUUAGCAUCCCAAAGAAUCAUCAUUGAAUAUAGGGGUCAGAUAUUUUGUAAGUACUUUUUAUGUGCUGAUUGUUUGUGAACAGACCUUCCCGAAACGAUAUUUUUACUCUAUACAUCCCUGCUAGGUGACCCCGCAUAGUUAUGUAGGUCUCCAACUUUUUGUGUGGCGAAGUAGUUAAUUAAAAAAAAACAUGCCUGAACCGAUUGUGAAUUUUGUGACUGCCGCCGGUCAGAAAAGGGCGUGACUUGUAUUUAAAUAGAAAUUCUUAUUGUAAAACUAAUAUACACAUCAAUAAUAUAAUAUUGGAAAAUAAUCGAAACCGCCUUUUAUGUUUUAAUCUCGUACAAUUCGUGAUUAUUUUCAUUUGCUACUGCACCCAUUUGUGUACUAACAUUGUGCAUAUCAUUCCAAUUUUCGACACUAAUGCUUUUGUUUAUGUAUUUGUUGCUUUUGUUAAUAUGUGAUAAGAAAUUUGAAUUUUGUUGGUCAUUUAAAAUCCCCUAACAUUGUUUUAGGAUCAUCUAGUUGGGUGACAUGAGAUAAAAUAAUGAUGAGAACUACAUUCCACGCUUGCAAGUAGAGAAUACGACUUCAUUUCAUUUGUAACAUUUAUUGAAAUAUUUGUUUAAGCACUUCGAAUCCUAUGUCUUUUCAUAAUACUUGCUUUUUUACAUUUUUGAACAAAGAUACGGAACAUAACAGAAGACCUAAAGGAAAAAGUUGACGAAAACGAAGACAAUGUGUGACAUAUACAUGGAUACACAAGUAGACCGAAGUACAUUUAAAGGCAUUCACGGAAUUCUCGUUACGAACAUACAUAAAUCAAAUCGAGUACUAAACACUGAUAAUAGAAAGAAAAACAAGUAAACCGAAUAUCAAUCAACAUCAAUUAAAAACAAAUUCAGUCCAGUGAUUACUUCUCGUGCUGCGAGUGCAUAACUAUAGCAAAUCCCAGUAAAUUUCAAUGUGGCAUGCCCCUCAUUUCGAAUGGCAUUCCCCAUCCAUUGCUUUUAGAAUACAUAUAUGCGCAGCAGUCGCGAUCAAUUGUUGUAGUUCUGCCUGCCGCCCAGCUCGAGGAGAUAUCGAUCCGGAUGGUCCAUCCAGUCGGCGGCCGUGAGCUUCACUGUCCGCUGCCGUUCGGCCUCCUUGAUUUGCCACUUCUUGAUGUCCAAUUGCACUUCGCGUGAUGAUUUGUCGCCGCAGCCCCACACCUGCGGAUGAGAUCGAAGAAAAGAUGGCGAGCAACGUGUAGUUCUUGUUGUUGGUUGACUGUUGUUGGGUAUGGAGAAUCGUAGACUUAGUUUAAAUGCAUCGCUAGAGCACACACCUGGCCAUUUGGAGCCAUACGUGUGCUGUUUUUAACAGCUUAGACUGGAGAUAAUGCCGUUUAUAACGAUAUACGUCUAUGAAUUUUACACUAUAUACCAUAUAUGCAUAUACACAUAUAUAACAUAUACCCUGUUGAAUAAGGCUUAUUGUACAUGAAUGCGAUUAAAGUACAGAGAAAUAUUCG